GGGAAAUUACCAGCACUAGUUUUUAUGCAAGGAGCUCUGUCAAGCAACAACACGGAACGUACCAGUGCAGCACAAGUAGUCAACGUUACUGCUAUUUUUUGUCAAAAAAUAAGAAAACAGCAAUGGAGUCUUAUAUCAAGUGCGUGGAAAAGUCAAUCGACAACGAAGAAAACCAACUGAGAGAACUCGGCCAAGAAAUCUGGCGUAAUCCAGAGUUAGGCCGGCAAGAAUUCCACGCUCAUACGCUGUUGACAUCGUUCCUUCGUGAGCGAGGUUUCGAGGUGGAAGAACAGUUCUUAGCCCCCACGGGUUUCAGGGCGUCGUUCGGUGCUUCGGACCAGGAGUCCGGGAAACUUCACGUCUGUUUUCUCUGUGAAUAUGACGCCCUACCCGAGCUGGGACAUGCCUCUGGUAGAAAUCUCAUCGCGGAGGCGACUGUGGCAGCCGCCCUCGGAAUCAAGGCAGUGAUUGAGACGAACAGCAAUGGCAAAAGGCUCGGAAAGGUGACCGUCCUCGGCUGCCCAGACCAGGAAGGCAACGGCACCAAGAUUGACGCCAUCAACCAGGACUUCUUCAAGGAUGUCGACCUGGCGCUGACAGUAACGCCUUACAGCGCCAACAUCAGCAAGCCAAUAAUGCUGACCAUCAUGAGAGUCACACUGUUGUACCAGGGGAAAGCAGCCCAUGCUUCUGCACAGCCCUGGGAAGGACGUAACGCCCUGGACGCCGCUGUACUCUGCUAUAACAACAUAUCGGUCCUCAGACAGCAGUUGAAACCCUUCAUGCAAAUCCAUGGUGUGAUCAGCAGUGGAGGCGUUAAACCAAACAUCAUCCCCGAGAAGACAGAGAUGAAGUUCUACCUGCGAGCAAGAGACCACCUUGACAUGGCCUUCCUCCAGCAACGAGCCAACGCAGCGUUUGUCGCUGCCGCCAAGGCCACCCAAUGCGAGAUCGAGUUCAGCUUCACCGACCACCCCUACUCGAAUCUCCUCUCCAACAACACACUGGCAGAAAUCUACGAGAGACAAGCCAAGAGCCAAGGGAUAAAGUUCACCACAGACUGCGACAAACUCAGCACCCCCGUCGGAUCUUCAGAUGCGGGGAACGUCUCGCACGUCGUGCCGUGCAUCGCCCCCGCCUUUGACAUUGAGGGCGGUGUUGUGAACCACACCACUGAGUUCACGGAAGCGGCGGGUGAGGUCGCUGCACAUUGCAGCACGGUGAGAGUGGCUAAGGCACUUGCCAUGACGGCCGUUGAAGCCAUGCAGGAUGUAUCAGUGAUGAACAAAGUGAAGCAGGACUUUAUGGCUGUUGAGGGUGGAUCGGUUGGGCUCACCAGUUGGCAGUGAGCAAACAGUCGCAAUCGCAAAGAUCCUGAAACACUUUUGGGUUUUUUUGGUAAACAAAAGAACAGGAGGAGAAAGUUGUAAAACCCUCCUACAGAUGUUGUGGUGAAUGGAAUCCCAAAGCAGAUUCAUGAAAAAAAGUUUGUGUUCCAGCCAUAGAGUUAUAUAUAAGAACUAGAGGGCGCAUGAGUGAUACUUCGUGCACAAA